AUGCCUCUACAAAAGCCCCCACCGAAAGCCAUACUUGCCCAACGUAUCCAACGCCUAAUGGCAAUAGGCUACUCAGGCAUGGGCUCAUGGUGUCUUCUAUGUCCAUCAACAGUCAUUGGCCUUUCCCUUGUACCAAAAUACGCCUCAACUGAAUAUACAUCCAUCCUUCUAAUGCGCUGUUUCGGCGCUCAAGCGGCAACUUGUGGUCUGCUGCUGGGUACGGCUAGCAUGACGCCAAAGAGUUUCGUGGCGUUUGGCCUUGCUAUGAUUCCAUAUCUUGGGUUUAAUUAUUGGUUUGGGGUGGGUCCUGGAAAGGGAAUAUUUACUUCGUUGCUAUGGUUGGAUUUUGUGGGGAAUGUUACCUUCUGUGCUGGUUCGUUUUAUUGUGCUUGGUUGUUGGGACGGGAUGAUGAGGAGGUUUGUGUGGGUGAUCGGUCGAAGAGAGUUGAGUGA